UGUAGUCAUAUUUUUAUAUGGUGUAUACAAUUUAUAUACGCAGUGACUUUAAACGUGUGGCAUUAUAACUUAAUAAGAGCUGUUUUUGGUAUUGUUGUACAUAGACACACGGAGUGACUUACGUGGGAUGUAGCAACAGCCGCAUUUUUGAUAUAUUAUAUAGAUAGACACGUAGACUUACCUGCGACACUCUGGGACGAUCGAAUACACGGUAAUGCAUGUACACUAUACGCAGUACGUAGUGCCUUGCAUACUACUGCUACCGUCGAUAUUCAUGGCAGAGACUCAGUAGUGCGAUUGUGUAUGCCUUGAAGCAAAAGGAACAACUAAGCGAACCAGGGCAAUUCGAGUCAGAACCACACGCAGCCCCCAAUCAUGUGCUAUAAAUAGUCUCGAUUACUUACUACCUUAUUCUUCGGAAUCACAGCAACAAGACCUAUAAUAGGAUGAUUUUAAGGAUUCCGUGACAAGAGUCUAAUUAACAUCUUCUACCGACUAGAACACUCAUAUAUAUAUAACUAAUCAAUAUGAGUACUGAGUGCAUUGUCUUAGACUCCGACGACGAUGCAGAUAUUCUGGUGCCUAUACCCAUAGGGCUGAGAGCGGCUAAGAAGCCAAGCUUACAUCAUCCCUCGCUCUCCACAUUGGAUAGUGACGACUUUAACGGCUCGACAGGCUUGGACCAUGGCCAUGUGUCUUUACGAGGCAAACGCCCAGCAGCAGCAGCCGACAGAGACACGAAGAAGAAACAGCUAACAGGACGCUUAAUGUCACCAGGCGGAUCACCCGUACAUUGUUUGGGCUCUGUGCGAAGGAGUUGGCCUACCAAAUCACCCACGGAACAGUACCGCACAUCACCAUCUACGAGACGGGCGGCUGCAACUGCACGUCGGGAAGACCUCAGGCGCCAACGAGAAGCACUUCAUGCUCAGGACACUGACAGCCACCAUAGUAAUAUCGAUAGAGCAGACCAGGAAAAAAGGUCACUGAGCGCGAAAGAACAGAAGGAAUUGGCGAAACGGGCCAAACAGAUGGAGAAAGACAAGAAAGCAAGAGAUAAACUGGCUUUAUCGUUCACGAAACAGGUGAUGAACGAGGCCACCCGAGAAAUCCCUGAUUCUGAAUGCUACGAGCAGUUACGAGUCACACUGGACCAUAAUCUCAUGGCGCAAGAGGUAA